AUGGACCCUAGCAGCAAGAGUAUCUCGGGCACAACAUUGACCAGCAGACCUUCCUUCGCCUUUCCAACCCCGUCUUCCAACACUUCGGCACCACAGCUGCUGUUUGGCGAAAUCGAUAGCUCCUGCGGCCAGUCAUUCAGGAGUGCAAGAUCGACAUGCAGUCUCAUACUUUGUCCUAACCCUUCUUUCCUUGAAUUUUGGAACACGGAGAAGUGUCGAGGAAAGCUAGCUCAUUUUCUCGCACGCUCAGAUCUUCUGACACUGCGUCUUGUAUGUCACGGGAUCAGCGAGCGAGUCACCGAUCAGUCCUUUUCUUCCGUCGACAUUACAUCUCGAACCAGAACAUUCAGCAGACCAGCCAGGCUUGCCGCUCUGCAGAGAAUAGGGCAUCACAUGAAGGAAGUCACAUUUCAUCUACCUAAGAGUAUGGAUACGACACUGCCACCCCUGAUUGACCCUUGGACUGGUGAGCAAAAGGAAUUUGCUUGGAAGCCCAGUGCGGCUCAGAGUCGUGAUGCUGGAACAUCGACCAAGCAACCGAGAUACGGCGACACAGAGAUCACAGAGUUGCUGACUCGACAAUACCCACCGCUUUUCCACGCCGCCACAAACGUGCAGUCCUUCGUCGACGCAAUGUCUUGUUUGAUCAAUCUACAGCAUCUGGAAAACUCUCGUCGUGCAGAAGAUGAAGCGAUAUCGCACCGAGUACAAGGUGUAGACAUCAUGCAGGUUGCAUUGAGAUCUCUUCUCUACGCGGUCGAGCGAGCCGGACUCAAGCAUCUGCAUACAGUAACACUUUCCAACAUCUGGCAGACCGACAUUAUCGCCCUGUCAUCUUUAACAAUGUGCGCGAAUCCUAGCUCCGCAAAACGGUGGUCCAAUGUUCACGUACUGGAUCUCAGCAUGUCCUCGGCAUCCAACUCAUCCCUCAAGACCGAUCAGCUCAAACUCCUCCGCGAGUACAUUCGUGGCUAUAAAGGAUUACGUCGGCUUACCUUCCGAUGGAUCGGCGCAAGGGGUCCUUCGCCACUACCCGAGCUGGUUUUGGAGCAGAAGCACCUUCAUCCCGCACUCAGAGAGGCAUCGCCUUCAUCAUCUGCAGCACUGUUUCCACACCUCGAACACUUGACGCUGAACAACGCAUCCAUCUCCGCUCUCCAGAUACAACGAUUGAUACAGACGCACAAGAGCACACUCCUGGAAAUCAAUCUCGAGAACGUCGUUCUCAGAGACGGAAACUGGCGCGAUGCAAUGGGAAAUAUGCACGGUGUGGAGGUCAAAACCACUUCGCCUUGUUUCAAAGAAGAAGGAGACGUACCGAUAAUGCUCGCACCCAGCAUGCUUCCGCGUCACUCGCAGCCAAGAGCACCGAACGCGGAACGCAAAGGCCAGACCAGCGAAGCCACUGACCGGACAAGGAGAAUGCUGCUCGCCGACGAGUUAAGACAGCGCGAGUCGUCUGGCCAUCGGACACAAAAACCCAAUGGCAGGGAUCGGAAGAGGAAGAAAGCCAAGAACACAACAGCAUCGCCAGUCCAGCAGUUGAAGAAAAAGUGUGGUGAUUUGUUAGGAUGGAGGAGGAAUGGGCCGACGCUGGUUGUCGGCUGA